AAGUUAUAGACGAUAAACUCAAAUCUCCAGAAAUUAUCGAGGAAUCUGCGAAAAAUGAGCCCGAGAUAUCUCCCGUCUUACCUGUAAGCAACGAAUCCAAGUCCAACAACGAGACACCUCCCCAGCAGAUAUCAUACUCACCGGGAUAUCAAACCAGGGAGCAACGGGAAAAGCACCUCAGAGAAACUGCGAUUAAAUAUGGCGAGAACCCAGAUAAGUUUAUGACCAUAAUUGAAAAAGAUAAGGAUUUGGUACUAAUAUUCAAAGACAAAAUGAUAUCAGAUGCAGAAAUAAUUCAAUUCGCAAAAGAUACCGAUGAUGAUCCGGAUACAUUAAUGGAUAAGGAUAUGGAUAGGCAAGCAAGAUUGAUAUGCAUAGAGAUUAAAAUUCGAAAGCAUGAGGAUGACGGAGAAUUUCGAGCAACCCCCUAUGAUGAUGAGGAAUGGAAAAAAAAGUAUUUUGGGCAGUACCCCGUAAUUGAUAUUCCUCCGAUAGAUACUGACGAAUAUGGCACAAUUCAUCCCUUAGCUGAUUUUUAUCAUCUGGCUUUGAUCCUACCCCUUUCUACUUUGGCGAUAAGAAGAGAUCUAUGUAGAAGAUAUCCGAUUUCUGUAGGUACUGUCGUGAAAGGAGGAAUGAGUCUAUUCACUAAAGAAAAAAAUGGAAAAACAUCUUUAGAAAACUUGAUCGGAAUGGAUUAUUCUAGCUUAUCUGUAUUAUUAGAAAUGCGCUGGGAAGAUAAUGAAAUACGGGGAUGGAAGGAUAAUAUACUUGCAAGAUUUCUUCAUCACCCGAAUUUAAUCCUGUCAAAAUAUAGACCGAAUGCCUUAUACGAUGCAUUCAGUAAAGCUGGUGUUCUAGGUCCAGAACAUAUACUCGUUAUAGCUCGAACAUUGCAAUAA